AUGUUAAUCGAAAAAAACAACAACAACAACAACAAUCCUUUCUACCAUCCAUUAAUGUUAAAAAUGAAUCUAAAAUUUGAAGCUGAUGAAGAUUUUGGAAAUAAUUCUCCAUCGGACGGAUCUGUUGAGGAGAAGGAUUUGAAGAGACCGGAUCUAAAAGGUACUUAUCCAUGCUCACUUUGCUCAAAAGUUUUCUGUCAUUCAUCGUCACUUUCUCGUCAUCGAAUGCAGAUCCAUUUCUCGCACUAUCACUGUACAAUUUGCAACAAAGAAAUCAAAAUAAUCGGGGCUCGGAUAAGAUUUCCAAAUUGUGACCAUCAAGAAUUGGAUAAACAAAUGGGUAUUCUGACAAAAGAAUCAAACCAUCGGCCCGUCGCUUUUGAUCAAUCGACUAGCCAGUUGAGCCGAACGAAAGAGAUCUCACAGCUAAUCCCUACUGAAACUCGAAGAUACUCGUUUUGCCGAGAACCGUAUUAUCUAGAUAGAUUGCCAGAAAUUCUGAAAACUCAAAUCAAAUCCAUUUGGGCCUUGUACCGAAACGGGGAAAAUUGUGAGAUGGAAGUGGCGAGAACAAGAAAUCUUGUCUCUUCAUUGUCCACAAAAGCCCGAAUGUCUCUUUUCGGGAAUUUGUCUGCACCAUGUCGCCCACCACCAAUUCUUGCAAAUUUACCAAGAAAGACUCAGCGCAAAAUUGCGGCCCUUUGGCGCUCGAGAGACCCAAACAAAGGUUGUGGUUGGCAGAAACAAAAAACCAGAUUUAUUCUCUUGAAUCUUUCAUCAAAACAUCGCCCACCCCCUUUCCGGUGUGAGAUGCCACAUUUUGUGCAUAGAUUGGAAUCUACACUACAAAGAGCAAUCCAGCGGAUCUGGCUUGGUUAUCGCGAGGGUGCACCCUGUCAUGAUCAAAUUGAUCGUCAAUUAUCUCUUCUUCAAUCAAAUGAGAUUUCUCUUGGAUCAUUCCGAUAUCCACCACCAGAAGCAUUCAAACGAAUUGACCGCCUCAAAAAGUUUCGCCAUGAAAAA